CAGUCAGUCAGCUCCACUCGCGCAGCAGCCAAGUGGACUGUGGGCGCACGCAGCACCACGACGCCUGAGACAGCCAGAUCGGGAGAAGAGAAAAUGAGGCAGCUGAUCCGGCGGCUGUCCCGCGUCGGCGACGACUCCUCCUCGCCCCCGCCGUCUCCGGGGCGGAAGCAGCGGCGGGGCGGGAAGGCGGUGGCGGCGCCGGUGCCGGAGGGCCACGUGCCGGUGCACGUCGGGGACGGGAGCGAGGCGGAGCGGUUCCUCGUGCGGGCCGAGCUGCUGGGCCGGCCCGCGCUGGCCGAGCUCCUGGGCCGCGCCGCGCAGGAGUACGGGUACCACCACCAGGGCCCGCUCCGGAUCCCCUGCUCCCCCGACGCCUUCCGCGCCGCGCUCGCCUCCGUCGCCGCCGCCGGCGACUGCCGCUAGCUAGCCGGAGAUCGAACCCAGCCCACCCAGGCACGGCCCGGUUUAGUUCUUCCGCGGGCCCCUAGUGUUGAUACCGCCUGGGAGAUUAGCUUUGGGUUUGGCUUUCCUUUUCCGUUUUUUCCGUUUCCGUUCGGGGUAAUCAAUGUACCACCUGUAACGGCUGGUUGACUAGCAGCAAUGGGCAAUGUACUAGCUGUACUCUACCAAAUUUGAAGGCUACUCUGCAAUUUUAAUGCAGUAGUGCUGCUCCCUUUCGUUCAGUGCUAGCUGUACUCUACUCUGUUCUGUUACUUCUGUACCAGCGAUUUUUCCUCUGA